CUUCAAAAGGGCUGGGGGUGUGACGGAGGCCGAGGCCGAGGCAAAGGGGCGAACUUCUCGAACUUCAAAGGAUUUCAGAUUUUAAACUGAGCGUUUUUCACAUGCUCUUUAUUAAAAUGACAAACUCCGAAAAGUAUGAAAGGCUACGUCAAGACAUGGUAGCAUGACGUGCGAAGGUGAAAGGACGCGACUCGUGGUCCUCGGAGGCCCUGGGGUCGGCAAGUCGGCCAUAGUCAACAAAUUCCUCUACAACACUUUCACCGAAAAGUACAGGACGACUGUGGAGGAUCUCCACUCGAGGACGUUCCACCUGGGUCAGAUAUCUCUCAAGGUGGACAUCCUGGACACAUGCGGCGACCUCCAGUUCCCCGCCAUGAGGCGUCUCAGCAUCGCGACAGCCCACGCAUUCCUCCUCGUCUAUUCCGUAACAUCGGAAGAAAGCCUGUCCUCUGUCCAGAGGUGCUUCGAAGAAGUCAGGGAGCAGCGGCCCGACUACCAAGAAGUGCCGAUAGUCCUCGCGGGUAACAAACUGGACCUAGCAGACGGCCAGAGGGAGGUGCCACUCGAAGACGUCAGCGAAUGGCUCUACUGCACUCUGCCCAAAUUAAGGACGAAGUUGCUCGAGUGCUCCGCCAAGACGGGGCUCAACAUCCAGGAGAUAUUCAAAACUUUUGUCACCCUGGCUAAACUGCUGCCGAGCACAACCGACGAUUCGACACCGCUUAAAAGAAGUCUGUUUUCCAGGUCGAGCGCCUACGGGAGCCGGAGGGGAGGCAGCCCAGCCAGCACGUCCUCCGGAGCCGGGACGAGCGCCCAGGCGGCCAGCCCAAAGCCUCGCUCACGAAGCCUCAUACGGCGUUCAAGCCGCAAGACGAAGCAGCACUUGUCCGACUCGAACGCAGACUCAACCGACUGCAUCAUAUCUUAGUUCUGCAGGUCUGAACAUGAUGGGCAACCCUAUAUAUUUCAAAAGAAAAAAGGAAAAUUAACAGCUCACAAUCAAUUUUAGAAUUUUAGUUGGUAUUUUGACAAGUUAAAGUUUUGCUACCGGGGUAGACAAUUAUCUGCAAAAUACCCUUGAGAUGUUUUGUAUUCAAUUAUCUUAAUUAUGAUAAUAUUAGAUCCUUUAAAGUCAAUAAAUUGGAAUUAGAGUGUGAAAUAAAUGUUUUAUUUAACUUGAAGGUAAAGGAGCUUUAAAUGAAUAAGUAAUUAAGAUUUUAUUAUUUAAACAAAUAAUUAAGAGUGUGUUUCAAUUUGUUGGUGACAUUUGAAAGAAAGAAAAAUUAUGUUUUAUCCGAGUUCCAUUGAAAUUAUGUUAAAAACUUGUUUUGUCCUAUGUUUCAGGUCAGGAAAUGGUAAAAUAUCUUAAGCUUAAAGUUUUUCUAAGCAUUUUGACAUUUAUAAACACAAAGUAUUUAAAGUUUAAAAUAGAAAUAACAAAUUUUGCCUCAAAAAAAGGCUUUUUAUUUUAAAGCAAAUAAAGAAAGCGCACCUUUUAAAUACAGUUCAAAUUCAGAUGAUCAAUUGUUUAUUACCAGUCAUCAUCAUUUAAUGAAUUUAAAGUUUAAAAGAAAAAUCCAUUUUUCGUUAAGGAAAACUAAAUUUUAAAAAAAAUUAGUUGAAUCUCUAGAAAAUAUGACCAAAUCAGACCUUUUUUCAGUUUUAAGUCAGUAAAUUCAGAUUUUUUUGGCUAAAAUAUAACUUUUUUGGUUUCAACUGAUU